AUGGCGACCAACCAUAAGCGGGACGGCUGGUGGACAGUCUUGGCAGACGGGAGAGUUCGCGAUUGAUUUGGCUGCCGUUUGUUCCUGAAGUCUAACUUUGAGUUGAUCAAUAUCUGCGUGCAAUCCCGCCUUUCUGCUCGAAAACCGUUGAAUACCAAAGCUUGCUUGAAAUCCUGAAUUGAUAGUUAUAUAACACUAAUAAUGGGAUCCAAUACUGAGCAGUCUCCCGACAGAGAACUUUCCGUUCUCUUCGUCUGCCUGGGGAACAUCUGCCGUUCUCCAAUGGCCGAAGCUGUUUUCCAGCACCACAUCUCCAACCUCCCCACUACAUCGUCCCUGAAAUUUAAAACCAUCGACUCCGCAGGCACGGGCGCAUAUCAUGUCCACUCACCACCGGACCCACGUACGAUGUCUACACUACAGCGACACAACAUCACCAAGUACCGCCACGCCGCUCGUAAGGUUAAUAAAGCGGAUUUCAAAGAGUUCGACUACAUUUUCGCCAUGGACGAUUCCAAUCUCUACGACCUGCAAGAGCUGCAGGAGAAGGUGGUAAGGGACAACAAGAAGAAGGGAGCAGCAGCAGACGGCCUGGCGGAGUUGAGGCUGUUCGGCGACUUUAAUCGCGACGGGAGUGUCUGCGAGAAAGUGGGUGGCGGGAAGAGUGUGCCAGACCCGUAUUAUGGCGGGAAUGAUGGAUUCGAGGACGUUUUCCACCAGGUCGUGGGACAUACGGAAGGGUUCUUAAAGUAUUUGGAAAAGAAGUCGGAGGCUAACUGAUGGAUGGUCUUCAAAAAAAAAAGAAAGAAAGAAAAGGCUUUGAUUCAAGGCGAUGUUGCUUGUUUUUAAAAGAUAAUACCCCAUCGCAUAAAAGGUAGUAGAGCUACAAGAACUUCAUUUAAAACA